UCGAGGCCUCGACUAAACCCUCGCUUGCUCUCCCAUCACCUCCCUCCGACGGCCGGAAAGGGCAGACGCACACAACCACCUCUCUCCCCCCUCGCUCCCCCCGCCCGAGAUGGACCCCAGCUUCCGGUUCGAUUCGGACGGCUCCGACGACGCGGCGGCCGCCCCCGCUCGGGGCCGGCCGGCGCAGUCGCCGUGGGAAUUCUCGUCCUACGCGGAGUCCGUGGCGGCGGAGCACGCGCGCAGCCGCACCACCUCCAUCGACGAGAAGAUCUCGCAGGCGCGACAGGGCCGACGCAAGCCCGUCCUCUCCGACAACUCCGAGGCCGACGAGAGCGGCAGCGGGGACGACAACGAGGAUGAUAGCGAUGCGGAGGUGGAGGGAGAGAGCGGGGACGAGGAAGACGAGCUGGAGGAGAGCGAAGACGGGGAGGAGGAGGGGGUAGAGGGGAGCGGCGAUGAGGAGGAGGUGGUGGGCGAGGGCGAGGCAGAGGCGGAGGACGAGGGUGACGUGGAGGAGGAAGCAGGUGAGCAGGGAGAAGAGGAUGGGGAUGAAGAGGAGGAUGCCCAAGAGGAAGGUGAUAACGCCGAGCAGAAUGGCACUAGUGGCACUUUGGAUCCUUCUAAUUUUUUUGCUUCGUCGGAGGGAGCAUCGUUCCAUGCAAAUUCGUUCCUUGAGCUGAACUUGUCUCGCCCACUAGUUCGAGCUUGCGAAGCACUUGGCUACCGAAAGCCAACUCCAAUUCAGGCUGCUUGCAUACCUUUGGCAUUAACUGGACGGGACAUAUGUGGUAGUGCUAUUACAGGAUCUGGGAAGACAGCUGCUUUCUCUUUGCCUGUGCUGGAACGUCUACUUUUCCGCCCGAAACGCGUACCUGCAAUUAGGGUGCUUAUUCUUACUCCAACAAGAGAGUUGGCUGCUCAGGUUCAUAGUAUGAUCGAGAAGUUAGCUCAGUUUACUGAUAUCCGAUGUUGUCUCAUUGUUGGAGGACUUUCAACUAAGGUACAAGAGGUAGCUUUAAGGUCAAUGCCUGACAUCGUUGUAGCGACUCCUGGGCGCAUAAUUGAUCAUUUACGUAAUUCUCUUUCUGUUGGGCUUGAAGAUCUAGCUGUUGUGAUCCUUGAUGAGGCUGAUCGUUUGCUAGAACUUGGUUUCAGUGCUGAAAUUCAAGAAUUGAUUCGCAUGUGUCCUAAAAGAAGGCAGACAAUGCUUUUCUCUGCUACGAUGACGGAAGAAAUUGACGAACUUGUAACGCUUUCAUUAAACAAGCCAGUCCGUCUUGAAGCCGAUCCUUCUCUGAAGCGGCCUGCAACAUUGACUGAAGAGGUUGUUAGAGUACGGCGAGCACGUGAAGCAAAUCAAGAAGCUGUUCUACUUGCACUGUGUUUGAAGACUUUCAAGCAAAAUGUAAUCAUUUUUAGUGGAACAAAGCAAUCUGCACACAGGUUAAAAAUAAUAUUUGGUCUCUCUGGCAUGAAAGCUGCUGAACUUCAUGGCAACCUUACACAGGCCCAGAGGCUUGAGGCUUUGGAACUUUUCAAAAAGCAAGAAGUGGACUUUCUGAUUGCAACUGAUGUUGCUGCUCGUGGGAUUGAUAUUGUUGGUGUUCGGACUGUAAUAAAUUUUGCUUGCCCACGUGAUGUAAAAAACUAUCUUCAUCGUGUUGGCCGCACAGCGCGUGCAGGCAGAGAAGGAUAUGCUGUGACAUUUGUCACCGAUGAUGAUAGAUCCCUUCUGAAAGCAAUUGCGAAGAAAGCUGGGUCGCAGCUGAAAAGCCGCAUUGUUGCAGAGAAACCUGUGGUUGAGUGUGCAAGACUUAUUGAAGAAUUGGAAAAUCAAAUUUCUACAAUCAUUCAAGAAGAAAGGGAGGAAAGAGCUAUACGGAAAGCUGAAAUGGAAGUCACAAAGGCAGAAAAUAUGAUAGCUCAUAAGGAAGAGAUAUAUUCACGUCCAAAGCGAACCUGGUUUGCUACUGCAAGGGAAAAGAUGCUUUUGGCAAAGGCUACUAAAGAAUCCUUGGACCAAGGUAAGAAUAGCUCUGGAGUUAUUAGUGCUCAGCUAGCUGAAGACCUUCGGCUGAAGGAGAAAAAGAGAAGAGAGCAUGAGAAAAAUCUACCUAGGAAGAAACGCCGAAGAUUAGAGGCACAACGGGAGAUGUUAGAGGAUGAGGACGAAGAUGAUGAAGAAACAAAGAAGAAUGAAGAAGGGAAGAAAGCAAAGACAGGUCAGUCUCUAGUAGAUGUGGCUUACCGUAGGGCAAAAUCAAUGAAGGCCAGUAAAAGGGGUUCUGGUGCGGGCAAAGGGAAGAUUGAUAAGAAGGUGAGACAACAUUCUGAAAAGGCCCCGACUAGGCAGGAGGAGAUGCACGAACUGUUCCAGAAUGAUAUGAGUGAAUCGAAACAGGGGCAGCCCUUGAAGAAAAAUAACAGUUUUGCACGCAAGAAAUCAAAGAAUGCUUUUAAGAGCAAAUCAAGGUACAAGCGCCGAAAGUAGUAGACACGCCAUCUUUUGCCAACAGUGACGACAUAUUACAUUACCAGCUGUCGUGCCUUUUACCCUGCGUUUGUUAGCUGUAAAAUUAUUCUCAUAUCAUGUAUUGACACAUGAUCACAUUUCAAAUAUUUAGUGACCUCCGAAAAUUUUCCACACUUAUCAUGGACUGUCAACAAUCUCUUACUUAGAUCCGACUUGCCCGACUCUGUUGGGGUGUGAUUUCCUCUUGUAAUAGUCUAUCAACUAUUCAGCUUCUUCUGUAUGUUCCUGCUCCUACGUGUAGUAUUGCAACUUUGCAGUC